CUUCACGCAAAAGAAACAACCAUUCACUUCAUACGUUGUCAUCUCUCUCUCUCUGUCUUCUUUCUUCCUCUCAAAAUCUCUCCUUUUCUUCUGCAACUACUCUCCCUCAAUUUGAUCCUCCCAAAUAAACAAAACCCAGAAAAUUUUAACCCUAAUAAUUCAAAACCCAUCUGCCCAGAUCCCCUAACAAAAUCAAUCCUCAACACACACAUACUUCUAUUAUUACACCACUUACAGAAAAAGAAGAGCAAGAAGAAGAACAAAAGAGAGAGGAUCUUGUUAAUUGGGGUCUUGUUUGGGGUUUUGGUAAUUAGAAGAGAUGGAGUUGUUCCCAGCACAGCCAGAUUUGUCUCUACAAAUCAGUCCACCAAACAGUAGUAAAGCCACAUCAACAUGGAGGAGAAGCAGCACUACUGCUGAAGAAGAUAUGAAUUUGGGGUUUUGGAAGAGAGCUUUGGACUCAAGAAGCACUAGUAUUUCUUCAAUGGCCAAACAAGACCCCACCACCACUACUGGUUUUGAUCUCUCACUCUCUAAUGCUAAUCUCUCAAGGGUCUCUUCAGAGUCCAAUAACUCCAACCACAACCACCAUUUCCACACUCUUAAUGCUAACAAUAAUCUCUUCCAAACAAGCCACUGUUUUCCUCCCCAAAAUCAUCAACUCCAACAUCACCCACUACUCUUUCAACAUCAACAAGGAGGAGGAGGAGGGUUGAGUCAAGAACUUGGUUUCUUGAGACCCAUUAGAGGAAUUCCUGUUUACCAUCAAAACCCUCCUUCUUCUUCUGCUAAUCCAUUCCCAUUUGUGCAACAACCUUUUGACACAACUUGUACUUCUCAAUCUUCUCCUUCUUCUAUUAGCACUAAUUGCCACAAUAAUUCAAGUGGUCCUUAUCAUCAUCAUCAACCUCACAUGAUGAGAUCAAGAUUUAUGUCAAGGUUCCCGGCUAAACGAAGCAUGAGGGCACCGAGGAUGCGGUGGACAACAACACUUCAUGCUCGCUUUGUUCAUGCUGUUGAACUCUUGGGAGGCCAUGAAAGGGCUACGCCCAAAUCAGUUCUUGAACUCAUGGAUGUCAAAGAUCUCACCUUGGCUCAUGUUAAAUCUCAUUUACAGAUGUAUCGGACGGUUAAGACCACGGAUCGAGCCGCAGCUACAUCAGGACAAUCAGAUGUGUUUGAUAAUGGAUCAUCUGGAGACACAUCAGAGGAUAUGAUGUUUGAUAUUCAGAACCAAAGAAGGUCUGAUCAAUUACCAACUACUCCACAAGGAAGGCUGAAUAACCAGGAAAAAGAUUAUCAUGGUCUCUGGAGCAAUUCUUCAAGCAGAGAAGCUUGGCUGCAUGGAAAACCAAAUGAUUCUGUUUCAAACAUGCAAUCUCUUGAGAAGGACUUGGAUCCUACUAAGUGCUUAAGCUUUGAGAGAAUAUCACCAUCAGAUGUAAGCUCUUCACCAAACCCUUCAGGGAUGACACGCCUCAAGAAGCCUAAUUUGGAGUUCACAUUGGGGCGGCCAACAUUGACAUGAUAUAUAUAUAUAAUUAGUUAUGUAUACAUGUCAAUUUAGGUACUAGCUACUACUACGACAAUGUAGUAUGUGCUACUCAUUUUGAAAUGAUGAUUAUUUAUAUAUAUCUCUGGAGGAAGAGAAUCAGGUGCCCCAAUUGAGAAAAUCAGAGGGAAAAGAAAAGAAAAAGAAAGACAGAAAGCAAACAAAAGGGGAGAAGGGGUUGGAAAAAAUAUAAGAAAAAAGAAGCAAGCCCUUCCUAAUUCCUUUAGCCCGUCAAGCUGCUGUGUGUGAGAUCCAAAUCCUAUAAGUAUUUUUUGUUAUUAUUGUCAUUUUGUUCCUACGUAAAUAUAAAAUCUUUUUUUUUUUUUUAGUUUCUUUAGUUCUUCUAUUCUAGAGAGAGAGGGGGGAAGACCCUUUAAAAAGAAAGAAAGAGAGUGCCUUUUAACCAUAUGAAAUGAUCCUUGGUAUUUGUAUGUAAUGGAGCACUUAGUUAAUUAUUAACAUUUUUA